CAAAUCCGCGCGGUGCGAUAUUCCUUUUCGCGUCACUUCUAAAUAUUGAUGAUUUCGUAUUUUAUAAGAGUGGAUUUGGUGUGUAAUUGGCGCGGGCCGAUCUCAGAUUUGGUUGGUGAUGUAUACAAACCCUAUUCGGAUUUCUGGUUGUAGAGGCGCCAUUCAUUUAAAUGUGAAGAUCUAGAUCCGUGCUGCUCCGGCCUUCAAUUUCUACCAUGAUCAAAUCAUAUAAACCGGUGAUUAUGCUCAUCUCUGAUUGAGCAAUAUAGACAUUCGUGUUUGAUAGAGUAUAGUUCUAUUGUGGCAGUUUGUUUCCAGAAUGUUGCUUGAUAUUCGUGGUUACCGCAUCCUUCACCUGAUGUUGGAGGAUUGUUUUUUGUUUCACAUGGCGAAAUAUAUAGUUGUACAAAAUACUUAUACUAAUAGAAGGUUUUAGCGACCAAUCGAGACUAUAUCUUCAUAAUUGGAUUAAAAAUACCUUUGACAUGGCUGAAUCCCAGCUUCUCAUUGUUGCCGGCCUAACCGUUGCCUUGAUUGGAAUACUCACGUUCGCUUAUGCCAUGUUUCUAUGGAGACGAAGUAUUAGCCUAAGCUGGAUGAGGGCGAUAGCAAGAUCAAAGAAAAACCGAAAGAAAAAGAACAAGGCUCCCGCUGCUGCUCAUGUAUGGAGCAUCGAAUCUGCUGCCCGUGCCAAAGGAUUAAACUGUUGCGUAUGUUUAGAUUCACUCUCACCAUCUCAAUCCCUCGGACAGAUGAUGGCCUCAGAUUAUUUCUUUCACCGAUGUGAUGUCUGCGGUGCCGCUGCACACCUAAUUUGUUCUUCCAAGGCACAUAAAGAUUGCAAAUGUGUAUCCAUGGUUGGUUAUAAACAUGUAGUUCAUCAGUGGGCUGUGCAGUGGGUGUUGAUAGCUGGUAGAUCUGAAGAUAUUUCUUAUUGUAGUUACUGUGAAGAACCUUGCAGCGGAUCAUUUCUCGGUGGCUCUCCAUUUUGGUGCUGUAUGUGGUGCCAACGACUCGUGCAUAUAGAUUGCCAUGCAAGCUUGUCGAAGGAGAUCGGCGAUAUAUGUGAUCUUGGGCCAUUUAAGCGCCUUAUUUUAUCACCGCUUCACAUAAAAGAUGUGAGCAGAAGUGGCGGGAUACUUAGUUCUAUUACACAUGGUGCAAAUGAAUUUGCAUCGAAUAUACGUGAACAUAUGAAGAGCCCAAGUAUGAAAGCUAAGCACACCAGUAACCCUACUGCUGAUUCUGCAAACACUUCCAAUUUAGUGGACUCAUCUGCAGAAAGAGCGGUAGAUUCCCACCAAACUCAUAAGGGCUUUAAUGAAAAACUAGAACAUUUAUCUGAGAAGCUUGAUGCAGAAAAUAUACCUCCAAGUGGUGAAAAUGGUUAUAGGGAGGUGAUGAAGCGAUAUGCUUUGAGAAGUUCUUCUUUCAACCAGAGUACUGAUUCUGGUGUGGAAGGGACAAAGCUGAAAUAUGAGCUGAUUGAUUUACCUCCUGGUGCACGGCCGCUGCUGGUUUUCAUCAACAAAAAGAGUGGAGCACAACGCACGGACUUGCUUAAGUUAUGUUUGCGCUUUCUUCUGAAUCCUGUACAGGUAUUUGAGUUGAGUUCAGCUCAGGGACCUGAGCAUGGUUUACAGUUGUUCAAAAAGGUGCGGCACUUUCGAAUCCUUGUUUGUGGUGGAGAUGGAACUGUUGGUUGGGUGCUCGAUGCUGUAGAUAAGCAGAACUAUGAAUCUCCUCCACCUGUUGCAAUUCUUCCUGCAGGCACUGGUAAUGAUCUUGCAAGAGUUUUAUCAUGGGGAGGUGGUCUUGGUGCUGUUGAGAGAAUGGGGGGUUUGUGGUCUGUUUUAGAGCAGAUUGAGCACGCAGCUGUCACUGUUCUCGAUAGAUGGGCAAUAACCGUAGAGGAUUUACAUGAGAAACAUAUCCGACCUCCACGGUUUAUGAACAACUAUCUUGGUAUUGGGUGUGAUGCAAAAGUUGCUCUUGAAAUUCAUAAUCUCCGUGAAGAAAAUCCCGAGAAAUUUUACAACCAGUUUUUGAACAAGGUGCUCUAUGCACGAGAAGGUGCUAAAUUUAUCAUGGACAGGACAUUUGCUGAUUUUCCAUGGCAAAUCAGACUAGAGGUUGAUGGCACUGAAGUAGAAGUUCCCGAGGAUGCUGAAGGUGUUCUUCUUGCCAAUAUUGGUAGCUAUAUGGGAGGCGUUGAUCUGUGGCAAAAUGAAGAUGAGCAUUAUGACAACUUUGAUCCACAAUCGAUGCACGACAAGAUCCUCGAAGUUGUUAGCAUCAGCGGAACAUGGCAUCUUGGAACGCUUCAGGUUGGACUUUCUCGAGCAAGAAGGCUGGCUCAAGGACAAUCUAUAAAGAUUCAUGUCUUUGCGCCCCUUCCAAUUCAAGUAGAUGGCGAACCUUGGGUUCAACAACCUUGCACACUAAACAUAUCACAUCAUGGUCAGGCGUUCAUGCUGAAGAGAGCAGCUGAGGAGCCUCUGGGUCAUGCUGCAGCUAUAAUCACAGAUGUGCUUGAAAAUGCAGAAACAAACCAUGUCAUCACCGCUUCACAGAAGAGAGCCCUUCUUCAGGAAAUGGCACUUAGGCUUUCAUAGUGCUCUCUUCUCUCUUCAACUUAUAUA